AAGAAAGGAAAGAAGGGGGGUUUCCCUAGAGUGGAUUGGUUCAGCCUGGAAGACAGGGAAAUUAGUAAAGCAUGAGUCUCCAAGCCAUGCUGGUGGCCAGCACUCGGAGGAGAAGAACGCUUUAGGAGCAAUUAGCAAAGAGCUGAAGACUGCUGCUUCUGCUGCAGACGGGGAGGAAGCAAGGGCAGUUCCGUCCGGAGGCUCCCUCCACAGCAGGCAUUUGCUCACUCCAGCUGCAAAAGGGUUUCAGAUGUCCCACCGCUGCUUGACCCCCUGCAAACAAGGGUUGACCACCAGAGGCACAUCCCACCUCUUGCUUGUAAUCACUGACAUACACUGAGGCUACAGCUUCCAACCUGUUUACAACCAGACGGGGGAGAGAAGUUGGGAUUUCUCUCUCUCUCUCUCUCUCUCUUUGGAGCUUUUUUUUUUGGGUACUUUCUGAAGGAUUCAAAGCAAAACAAAGAAACUGCCUCCUCUGGGCUGUCAGUGAGAAGGGACGAGUUGUACAACUGGCUUGCGCUUUGCCAAGGAAAGGGGGUGGGGAAAUCAGAAGAAGACCUUUCUGCAUCUAAGAUGGUAAAGAAAGGAGGGAGGAAGAGAACGAAAUAACCACGGGGAAGCCUCAGACCAGGUUGGGGAGGGGGGGUGAGAAUAAAAGGAGAGAGGAUUAACCACCACCACCACCACACAAAAACCCCACCAACUUUCUUCUGUGAGGGAGGACUCGAAGGAUUAAAAAGGCAGCAACUUCUGAGGCGAUUUGUCCCGAGUUAUGGAUGUUGGUGCACUCACUUCAGGCCAGAUCAGAGCUCAGAGGGCUCUAACCAGAAGCAGCAGCCACCAGCUCUCCACUUGCCUUUUACCAGGUUUUACCCUUCCAGUAUGUUUCUUCUGAUGAGACAUUUUCCAGCGCCCAGCGUUUCAGUACAAUGUGCAAAUGGAUACUGACAAAUGGUGCCUCAGCCUUUUCCCACCUGCCUUGCUGCGGGUGCUACUGCCUAUUCCUGCUGCUCUUCUUGGUGUCUUCUGGGUCUGUCAUCUGCCAGGACAUGCGGUCCCCGGAGGCCACCAACGCGUCUUCUUCAUCCUCCUCCUCCUCUUCAUCCUUCUCCUCUCCUGCCAGUGCGGGGAGGCACGUGCGGAGCUACAAUCACCUCCAGGGAGAUGUGCGCUGGAGGAAGCUCUACUCUUACAACAAGUACUUUCUCAAGAUUGAGAAGAACGGCAAGGUCAGCGGGACCAAGAAGGAGAACUGCCCGUACAGCAUAUUGGAGAUAACAUCUGUGGAAAUUGGAGUUGUGGCUGUUAAAUCGAUUAACAGCAACUAUUAUUUAGCCAUGAACAAGAAAGGAAAAGUCUAUGGCUCUUUCAUUUUUCUCUUUUUACAGAAAGAGUUUAACAGCGAUUGUAAAUUGAAGGAAAGAAUAGAAGAAAAUGGAUACAACACAUAUGCAUCCUUAAAUUGGAAGCACAAUGGAAGACAAAUGUUUGUGGCCUUGAAUGGAAGAGGAGCUACAAAGAGAGGACAGAAAACAAGGAGGAAAAACACCUCAGCUCACUUUCUUCCAAUGCUUUUCUCACAGGGGUUGAUAGAGUAAACUUUCAAAACCUUACUGACUGCCUGAGAACAGGAAACUGACAAGUCAGCAUUGCAGUGAAUAUGUCCAAUCUGUUUUCUUCUAAACUGUUUUGCACUGAAGCAAAAGGACCUGGAGCAGUGCUCAGAUUUAUCACACACAUUGGAUGUGUUUAUGUUUGUGAAUCCUACCUGCCAUCACUCAAGAACAAACUUCAAGAAAUACAUUGUCAGGAGGGUUUCGUUGCUUGUAUGAAAUGGAUGGAGAGGGCCAAAUCUGUACUCAGGUGUAUUCGUGUUUGGGAUGUGUAUGUGUAUGUAAUUCAGAUCCCAUUGAUUUGUAUUUGGGACUAAUGUAUAGUCUUACUUAGGGGUCUGAUCCAAAAUUCAUUGCAGUUAAUGGGAAUCUUUUCAUUGCCUUUAGUGGUCUUUGGAAAAAUUCCUAAAUGUGGCUCAUGCCCAUUGAUUUUAAUGAGAUUGCAAUAUUGCAUGCAAUUAAAUACAAGCAGAAUUAUCCUGUGGAGCUGGAAGCACCUGAGAGCAGAAUUUGGCUCCCAAAAAGUGAGUCCAAAAAGAGCACAGUCCUGCAGUCCUUAUUCAGUUAACCUGCAUAAUUCAACCAAAUUGUCCUCAUUAACAGCUUGAAGAGUCGCAGACAUAUAUUGGGAUCAUUUCCUGAAUAAAGACAAUAGGAUAUUCAUGAUCAUGCAUUUAUCAGAGACUACUUUCAAAUGCAUAUAACAUUAUGAGAGCCAGCUAAAGAACAGCAUCUGUGUCCCUAGUUAGAAUCUCUUUCCUAUCCAUCACAAUAAAUGAAUGCUCAAAAAACACAAUAUCAGGCACUUUUUAUGAAAUGUUACUAUUUCCACGGCUUAAUUUGAGCAAAUGAGUUUAAGCCUAUUAUGAAGUCUGGUCAACCUAAAAGAAUAUAAGGUUUGUUUUUUGCUUUACUUAUUUCUGUAAAUUUAGAGAGCUAUGGAUAGCUCAUCAAUAUAACCGUAUUGAGAUUCAUUUUGUUAGAGCAGAUGAAUAGAAAACAGUACAUCAGCCAACAUGUACCACUGUCUUCACAUUGUAUUCCACUAAAUAAAUGCAUAAACCUCUCUGCAGUGUCCGUAGUGAGAAAAAAAAGUAGUAUAAUAAUAUUUUUUCUAAAUACUUUAAGUGAUAACUAUGAGAUUAUAUUGAUGUGCAGUUCUAUCUUCAGUAUUGUUGGGGAAAAGUUGGUUUUAUUUUUAUUGUUUGGAAACUGUAUUUUGAUACAAAGGAGAGUUUUGCUACAUGUGUCUUUUUUUUUUUAACUAAAGUUUUACCUAUAGAAAGGCUGGUGUUAUUGUGAUCUUCUGUAACUUAUUUGAGUCAAUGCUUAACCAGCACUUCCAAUGUUAAUCGUUAUUUAAGUAUUAGCUGUGUAUUAAAAAAAAAAAAAAAGACAGCAGCAGCCUCCCCAUAACAUGUAAAACAUAGAGAACGGUCAGAUUGUAUUUCCUGUUCCUCAAAAAAAGUUGGCUGUUUUAUAACAAAAAAGUGCAUUUGAGGCACAGCAUUUUGGCUUGUAGCUAACAUUGCAUUUCAUGGUAUUUGGUUUCCAACCUAUUUGUUGAUGAAUGAGAUUUAAAAAAAAAUCGACCUACAGUAGAAUUUCAGAUGUUAAAAUAAAAUUUGUAAUUGACACUGAAUAGCAAAACUUGUCAUAUUAAGAGGGAGGUUUUCUUAUUUAAAUUUUUAAAGUAAUAAUUGCAUAUGACAAUGUAUAAUGGACCACCCACAACAAAAAUUAAAUGUUUGGUUGAGCAAAUAUAGUAUUGGAUAACCACUUUAACAACAUCUAUGGUACAAACUAGGUUCUCAUUUCACAGAGCCAUUUACAUGACUUAGGGGAGUGUAUAUGUAAACAUUCAUAAUUACAGGAUUUCAAAACACUAAAACAGCUUCUAGCAAAACAUAUCGCUGCUCACAGAGGCCAAGAAAAGAAAAUAUCACUUUUCUGAAGUGAGAAGAGAUGGGGACAGGAGCCAUUCUGUGGAACGAAUGGUUGGUUCCUGAUGGUUAACAAAAAUAAAAAAUUCUUGAAGGAAAAUGAUGGCCUGCACUAUAGGCAUGCUCUGGUAUUUACUGUGGUAGAAUUGUGCUGCAGACAGUCUUCCCAGAGUAUUAUAGUUCCUUUUAUCAUAAGAGGGAUCUCCUGAUCAAGUUAAAGAGGGUGGGUUUUUUGUUUUUUUAAAGGCUGAUCAACAAUGUACAGUAUGUUAUAUUUAAAUAAAAAAUAAUAAAAUGCUGGGAAUAGAGAAUAAAAA